CAAAUCUAAGAGCACAUCCAACGGUUCAGAAUCCAUUAUUUUCAUAUCGAGCCGAGCCUUGUAUUCCUUCUCGCCUUUCGGCUGCAUCGGAUCAGUGAAUCAGUCUCCUUUUCAAAUUCUUUGGAUGUCUCUCGGAUCAGAAGCUCUUCAUGCAUGGGAUUUGGACAAGGAAGGUGGGAAAGCAGACAGUUCAGUUGAAGAAAAAACAGUUGAACCAGAUGGAAGCGAAAUCUUAGAACCAUAUGUCGGCAUGGAAUUCGAAUCUGAAGAUGAUGCUAAGAAAUUCUACAUAGAAUAUGCCAGACGGGUUGGAUUCGUGGUACGAAUUAUGCAGCGCCGCCGUUCGGGGAUUGAUGGAAGAACACUUGCCCGUCGUCUAGGAUGCAACAAACAGGGUUUCUCUCCUAAUCAGAAGGGCACAUUAGGAGCAGAGAAAAAGCCACGUCCUAGCGCUCGAGAAGGUUGCAAAGCAACAAUCUUGAUUAAGAUGGAAAAAAAUGGAAAAUGGGUCGUUACAAGAUUUGAAAAGGAGCAUAAUCAUCCUCUUAUCGUAACAGCCAAUGGAUUCGAUACCAUGGGUGAUAAGGACAAGAAAAUCGAAGAACUGACGCUGGAGUUAGAACGUCAAGAGCAAUUAUGUUCAGCUUAUCGGGAAAAAUUGUUCACUUUCAUGAACAACGUUGAGCAGGAAACAGAAGAACUAACUUCAAAAAUUGAAGUCAUAGUAGACAAUGUUAGGAAAAUCGAAGCUGAAAGGCACAUAUCUACACACCGUAGCGCAGAUAGGCUUUGGCAUUUAGCUUGACUAGUUUAUUGUCUAGUUAGAUUUGUAUAUUUAGUUUCUUGGAACCUUGUACUCAUGUACAAAAUUCUUUAGGAUCAUUUUGUUAUGAUCAAGAUGCAUUCAACAUUGUGCAAUUAAACUUAAAGCAUCUUGUUAAAUGAAAUGGGAGCUUCAUGAUCCUCUUGUGAGUUGAUUCUGCUGGGAGAAAAAAAGUUGAAA